CCCGCCUGCCAGUGCCGCGGCGCCUCGCGCGCGCGCGGGCAUGCCGACCUUCGGGCGCCUCUCGGAGCCGGGAGGCCCCGCGGACGCGUGGCGCUGGGAGGCCGCCGGCGCCCCCGCAGGUGGCAGCGCCCGCCGGGGCGCGCCGGCGGCGGCGCCCUCGGCCGCGUGGCGGGGGGGCGCCCCGGAGCUCGCCCACGCCGCCCCGGGGGCCGCCGCGCUCUGGCCUCGGAGCAGGCUGGAGCGGCACAGCCGGUGCACGGGCUUCCUGGGAGACGCCGCGGCGGCUCCGGGCGGGGCCGAGCGGGAGCGGCACCCCGGCGCCGGCCGCGCGCGGGCGUCCGCCUUCGCGCCGCGCUUCGCGCCGCGGGCCGAUCAGGGCGUGAGGGCGUCGGCCACCUCGAGUCAGGCGGGCCACGGCGCCGGGAGCGCGAUCGACGGCAGCAGCAGCACGUACUGGGCGUCCGCCUUCGACCCAGAGGCCGGCCAGCCCGUCAGGCUGGACCUCAAGCUCGGUGGGCGGAGGAGCAUCACGGGGGCCAAGAUCGACUGGGAGUACCCGGCGCAGGCGUUCGACGUGCAGGUCCUGGACGGCGGUGCCGCCACCACGGUCUACGCAGACCCGGACGGCUCCUCCCUGGACGCGGCGGGGACGAGGCUGGAGGCAGACCUGCACGGGGAGGCCGCCGCCGGCGACACGCUGAGGAUCACCAUGUGGAAGCCGCACCCGCGCUGGAGCCUCGUGGGCGGCCACCGCCUCUACGGCAUCCGGGGCGUGGAGCCGCACAUGGCCGCCCCCGCCGAGGUCAGGGGCUGCCCCGACCGCGAGGCCAACCGCGACGCCUGGCAGAGGUGCGCCGACCGCGCCGUGCGGCCCGGGGACUACAAGUGGGCGCUGUACUGAGCGGCCCCCAGGCGCAAGACUCUGGGCCGAUGGAUGGGCCGAGGGGGAAGCAAACAUCAGUCUAUUUAUUUGUGUGUCCCAGGGCCCCUUCAAAAAGGUCAGAAGCUGGCGCUGUACCGAGCAGGCCUCGGCGCUGGGCCUCAUGCAAGAGCUUGCACGGCAAUGCCGUCCCGAGCUCACUGUCCCGAAGAGAAAAGGGAUGCCAGAGUCAGGUGUACCAAGAACCCAGGUUUGCUGGGUACUGCGAAGCACAGGUCGUGCAGUAUGGACAUCCCACCUUUCUGAGUGGAUGCGCUACGCUCGCAGCACACAUGGCCCCC